CGACGCGUUGAUGACGCGUCAUCCAGCCUCCUUUCUAUAGGCCUUGAAUAGCAUGAAGGGAACCUAAACAGCUCUCUGUUGUCAGUGUGUGCUGCUGCUGUUUAGCUGACUAAACUAAAGUGUAACAAGAACAAUGGCGGUCACAGCUGUUUGUGUAUAGAAACUGCUUCAGGUUGUGAAACCACCAGACUGAGAAGGAAGCACCGGAUGAAGGAAGCGCUCACAGGAUGGCAGGAGUGUUCGACAUAGACUUGGAGACUGAGGACAUCAGUGAUACAGAGGAUGAUGUCUGUGACUUCACUGUGACAGAACCAGAGAAUGUGCAGACAGAGGAGGUGGAGUUGACCAGUGAAAGUGUCAACAGAGACAGUGAGAGAGUUGGACCUGACUGUUUCGAGCUUCUUACUGUGCUGGGAAAAGGAGCCUAUGGCAAGGUCUUCCAGGUGAGGAAGGUUCAAGGUGCUCAGACCGGGAAGAUAUUUGCCAUGAAGGUCCUGAGAAAGGCGAAGAUAGUGUGUAAUGCUAAAGACACGGCCCAUACGCGAGCAGAGCGGGAGAUCCUGGAGACGGUGAGACACCCGUUCCUCGUGGAUCUGCACUACGCCUUCCAGACCGGGGGGAAACUCUACCUCAUUUUGGAGUGUCUGAGUGGAGGGGAGCUGUUUAUGCAGCUAGAGAAGGAAGGCAUCUUCAUGGAGGACACUGCUUGUUUCUAUCUAGGAGAGAUCACAUUGGCUCUCGGUCACCUCCACUCUAAUGGGAUUAUUUACCGAGACCUCAAACCUGAAAACAUCAUGCUUAAUCAACAAGGACACAUCAAGCUAACUGACUUUGGCCUCUGUAAGGAAUCCAUUCACGAUGGAUCCGUCACACACACCUUCUGUGGCACCAUAGAGUACAUGGCUCCAGAGAUCCUGACCAGGUCGGGUCACAACAGAGCAGUAGACUGGUGGAGCCUCGGGGCCCUGAUGUACGAUAUGAUGACCGGAUCGCCUCCAUUCACAGCUGAAAACAGGAAGAAGACCAUUGAUAAGAUCUUGAAGUGUAAACUCAAUCUGCCCCCAUACCUGACCAUUGAUGCCAGGGACCUCAUCAAGAAGCUGUUGAAGAAGAAUCCAACCCAAAGACUUGGCUCCAGUAAAACAGACUGUGCUGAUAUUCAGAAACACCCGUUCUUCAGGCAUAUCAGCUGGGAUGACCUGCUGAGCAAGACAGUGGAGCCGCCAUACAAGCCACAACUGCAUUCGGACGAGGAUGUAAGCCAGUUUGACACCAGAUUUACCAGACAGACACCGGUGGACAGUCCAGACGAUACUACACUGAGUCACAGUGCAGAGCUGGCUUUUGCUGGUUUCACCUACGUGGCUCCAUCGGUCCUGGAGAGUCUAAAAGAAGGCUUCUCAUUCGAACCUCGAACGAGACCUGUACGCCGACACAACAGCAGCCCACGCACACCCAUCAGUCCUCUGAAAUUUUCUUCAGCUGGACCUUUCAAGUCCUGCAUGGAUGGAGAGUCGGAUCUUUUCUCUCCCACCUCUCCACCGGCAGCUCCAGCUCCAGUUCCCGUCUCACUGGAAAACGGCUCUGCCAGUCAGCCGAUCAGGACGCCUGCAAGGAACAAGAAGCAGAAGGCACUUCGGAGAUGAGGAGGAAGCCCUACGUACUCUCCUCAAGACCGUGGUCAGAUUAACAUUUUCCAUCGUAUAUCAUAAGUGUUGAGGCACAGAGCUGAAGUGUUUUUUGCUGGUAUCAUGCUUUUUUUUUUUUUGAAGUGGUUUAACUUAAGAGGUCCCUGAAAAGCCAAAAUCAAAAGUGGAAAAGCUCUCCAUUUUCUUUUUUCUCAUGUUCAUCUCUGAAAACAAAUACACUGGUAUUUGGGCUUACUAUUCAGGACUUCCUGUUUGUCAUAUAACUAUCUACAGGUAGAUCACUCUACACAGAACCACUGGAUCAACGUGGGAUUUUCAUGCUUUUACUUUCAUUUGUCUCAGAUGGUCACUAUAUUGCAUGAAGCUGUAAUUUACAGUUUCCAUACGUCUGCACUCAUAGUUCACACUGUGGCACUGAUGUAUAUAUAUGGGAAACAAUGACUUCAUAUCAAUAUUUUAUACAAAAAGCACUGGAAAGAGGGCAACAGAGCCAACGAUUCUUCUUCACCAACUUCGAGGUCAGGUAAACGAUGGAUUAAUUGGUGACAGUGUUUCAUUUUGUACAUACAUGCUAGUGCAAUUACAGUAAAGGGAAGCUUUGAGAUAAAGCUUUUUUGGGGUUUAAUUAGUUCAUCAGUUUGUGCAAAGAGGUCGGCUAUCAAUUAGACAACUGAUGAAGGACCAACUCGAUUGAAGUCCUGUGUGAAAGCGACCUUCAGCCAUCAAGUUAUGAAGUACAUCUUGACUGCACAAGCUUAAAGUAGUAAUAUUUGCUCAUGUGUCAGGGUGGGACUUAAUCAUGUAGAAAUCGGAAACAGAAGAUAAUGUAUUCACGAAUGUCAUAUUUGAUCUCAAGUGAACAUUUCUGUGUGAAAAUACUGUGUGGUGACCAUAUUCAUCGGUGCUUCUCAUUUCUCUGAGCUUUUCUUAACAGAGAAUCUUCAUGACAACUGCCAAAGCUUUAAACGCAUCCUAUCCUCAUAUUGUACAAACGGACCAAUCACAGUAUCAUAGAGUGUGCACUUGACAAGAGGGAUAUUUAUUCAUUUGGGUAAACAAGGAGGUUGUGAUCUAUCACCCUUGAUUUAAAAAAAAAAUUAAAAAUAGCCCCUGUAUUGUAAUCAAAAUAUUACCAUGUGAUACCUCCAUAUAGUUAGUACAAUGUACAGCCAAAGCAGGAAGUUAAAAGCUGUGCUCUCAGGAAGCAAAUUAUAAUGUUGUAUAAAAAGUAUUUUGGGUUACCGAAUAAACUUAUUUUUACACAUGAAAAA